AAAACUCCCUACUAUUGUUGAAAUUUGGGGGUAUUGCUUGGUGGGGUUUGUUUCAGGUAGGUUCCCGGGGAUGAGAGCUUUCCAUGACUUAUCCAUCAAGUGGGGAGUCCCGUGCAAACUCAAACAACAUGACAAAGGAUGGGUGAUUUUCCAAUUCCAAAGUGAGAAUGACCGUAACAAAGUCAUGGCCGAAGGGCCCUAUGCCCUUUAUGGUAAGGCCGUGUUCCUAAGGAUAUUAUCCGAGGACUUUGACUUUGAUGGUGAGGAAUUUUUAAAAGUCCCAAUUUGGGUAAAAUUCCCCGGCCUAUCGGUUACACUUUGGAACAAACAAGAGAUGAGUGAGCUUGCAUCUAGAGUUGGAGUUCCUAUUGUGGCGGAUAAAGUGACUCAAGAAAAAUCAAGAUCUCAAUUUGCUAGGGUGUUGGUGGAAGUUGAUCUUACUAAACCACCUACCUUGUCCAUUCCGAUUAUUCAACCAUCCGGUAAGGAAAGGAACCAAUAUGUUAUAUAUGAAACUUUUCCUAACUAUUGCUUUGAGUGCAAGGUUUAUGGACACCACCCCUUUACAUGCAAAGUGCUAAAUAAAGAGCUUGUAGAAAAGGAGGCUAAUGAUCCCAAGGCCGAGACUAGUGCUACAAAGAAUGCCACCAAUGUUAUUGAUGUGACCAACAAGUCAAGAGUGGAGGAACCUAGGCUGACCGUGGACAUUCCUAAAGAAAAAAGAGGCAUUAAUGUAAGUGGCAAGAAGGAAAAGGGCAAGGCCAAAGGGAAAGAGAUUUGGGUUGAGAAGAAGAGCUCCGAGAUGCAAAAAGAUGGUGAAUGGAUGGAGGUAAAAAAGAAGAAGAAGAGGGGCUCUAAAGCAACUGUCCGAAACUUAAUUACACCUAAGCUAAAUGUCCAAGGGCAGGUUGCGAAGGCCCCUGCACACCCUUAUGCCGCGGCAUUGCCUACUGCACCUGCCGAUCCCUGCACCUCUGUCGCGGCCAAGACUUAUGCCGUGGCGCAAAGAGCAAGGUCUACUGCACAUGCUGAUCCUCCUAAUGCCGCGGCGCAAAGAGCUAGGCCCACUGCUGCACACUGCUCCAGUGUCCCGGUUUCUAAAACAGCCGACCCAACACCUAAAAUUGCACUAAGGCUCACUGUCCAAAAGUCCAAAGCUGAAAUUUCUAAGGCAAAUCCCGAGCACCCAAUAAAAGAGAAGGCUAUCAAUUUUCCGAAGAGUGGGAACAUUAGCUUUGAUGAAUUGGGGGGUGAGAUCAUUCACAAUGUAUAUGAUAUCCAAGAGGGAGAUGUGGUCACUAGAAUUGUGUAUGAUGAUAACAAAAAGAAGUCCGUAUAUGUAAUGCACAAGAAGGACAUCCCAUUGCAUCACCAAAUCAAGAGGCUUGGACCGGAACUACAAAAAGUGAGGGAUGACGAGGGAGGAAUCUCAUUCACGGAUGAAUGCCUUCGAAAGCUUCCGGGAGUGACACCGCAUUAUGAAUGGUAUAAAUUUAAUCAUAGCAUUUUUUAUACUUAUGUGGCUUCUUUUUUUGAUGUAACAACUAGGGAAAACAAGAAGUAUUUCAAGGAGGCAAUGAGGAGAUUUGAAGCAAUCAAAAAAAGUAAGGAAGGGGCGAAUAAAGAGGGCUGCCAAUCCUCCAACGAAUCGGUCUCCGAUGAAUUUUAAAGCAAUAGUAUGGAAUGUGAGAGGUUUGAAAAAACCCUCCAAACACUCUACUAUUUUAAAUUUAGUUAAAUUUCACCAAGCAAGCUUAUGUUGUUUUUUAGAAACCAAAAUGACAAAAAUAAAUAUUUUUAACUUUGUCUCUAAUAAAUGGCCCGGUUGGUCUUUUGAAACAAACCAUGAUUUUAUUGAUGGGGGGCGAUUUUUAGUGUGUUGGAAUCCUAAUUUAAUAUCAUGCAAUUUGAUUGAAAUGGGGGAACAAUAUAUGCAUUUUAAAUGUCUAUGCCGCACUUCGCAAACGGUUUUCUUUGCUACCUUUGUAUACUCACUUUAUACAGUCUUGAGGCGCAAGGCAUUGUGGGAAUAUUUGGCUCUUCUUGGAGAUCAAAUCAAAGACCCGUGGAUUAUAGCCGGUGAUUUUAAUUGUGUUUGUUCUCCUAGUGAGAGGGUGGGUUCGAAUGCUCCCUCGGACUAUUUUUUAAGAGAUUUGAUUGAGUUUAAAAUCCGUGCUAGCCUCCAAGAUGCCCCCUCCACGGGAGAAUUCUAUACUUGGAAUAAGGGAUCUUUGUGGGCUAAGCUUGAUCGGGUUUUGCUCAAUAAUACAUGGGAUCACCUAGGGAUCCAGUGUAAGGCCCAUUUCGAUGAAAUGGAGGUUGAGUUUGAUCACACGGCUACCGUAAUAUCUAUACUCAAUAAUACCUCUCUUAGGCCCAAAUCUUUUAAAUUUUUUAACAUGUGGAUUCAACACGAUGCUUUCACUAACAUACUUAUGCAGAGUUGGAAUGUGAAUAUCAAUGGAACGGCCCAAUUUCAAAUUGCUAAGAAACUUAAGGUGCUAAAACAGCCGCUUAAGAAUCUUAACAAAUUGGAAUUUGGCCACAUCUCUAUGAAGACAAAGAGUGCAAAAGAUGAAUUCAAAAGGCUAAACAAGUUGAUGAUUGACUCACCCGAUGAUGCCGAGCUUAAAGAGCGAGUAAAGGUGGCAAGAAAGAGAGCUACUUUCCUUGGUGAGGCCGAGUGUAGCUUCUUCCAACAACGGGCUAAAGCUAAGCAUAUCCUUGAGGCCGAUAAGGGAACAAAAUACUUCCACGCAAUCGUCAAGAGGAACAUGGCUAGGAAUACCAUAACCUCCAUUACGAUGGAUGAUGGUAACCUCACUACGUCCAUUGAUCAUGUUGGAAAUGAAUUUGUAAAAUUUUUUGUUGAUCUUUUUGGCACCGAGAUGGAAACCUUUUCCAUUGACCAAACGGUACUAGGAACCGGCCCCUUGAUUGAACCAAGCGUUCAUGAUAGCCUAUUAUCUCCGAUAACUAACAAAGAAAUUAAAGAUGCUUUGUUUGAUAUCGGGGAUGACAAGGCACCGGGGCCGGACGGUUAUUCCUCGGCUUUUUUUAAGAAAAAUUGGAAUAUUGUGGGGGAGGAUGUGAUCCGGUCGACUAAGGAGUUCUUCAACUCGGGAAGGCUGCUUAAACAGUUAAAUCAUACUGUUAUAGCACUUAUUCCUAAAACUAGUCACUCCCCUAGGGUCUCGGAUUAUAGGCCUAUUUCAUGUACUAAUGUGCUUUACAAGAUUAUUACAAAAAUUAUUGCGGCAAGAAUGAUCCCGACCCUCGCGGGUUUGAUUAACAAGGCACAAGGUGCAUUUGUGGAUGGCCGCCUAAUGUUUGAUAACAUUUUCCUUGCCCAGGAACUUGUUAGAGGAUACAAUAGGAAGCGAAUUUCACCUCGUUGUAUGAUAAUGGUGGAUUUGCGAAAGGCCUAUGAUACUAUCUCGUGGGACUUUCUUGCCAAUGUACUUAGGGGUUUGGGCUACCCCGAUAGAUUUGUGGGAUGGAUUAUGGAGUGUGUUUCUACCGCUUCUUUUUCUGUCUCUUUGAAUGGUACAUUACAUGGUUUCUUUAAUGGUAAGCGUGGCAUUAGGCAAGGGGAUCCAAUGUCCCCUUUGCUCUUCGUGGUAUGCCUUGAAUAUUUCUCGCGCCUCCUUACCAUCAAAAGCAUGGAUUCGAGGUUUAAUCACCACCCACUAUGUGGCUCGUUGGGAAUAACUCACUUGGCCUAUGCGGAUGAUCUCAUGCUCUUCUCGAGAGGAGACAAAUAUUCCAUUGGAGUAUUGGUCGAUGCUCUUAAAGAGUUUGGAGAAGUCUCAGGCCUUAGGGUUAACCAUAAUAAAUCCAAUAUUUUUGUGGGAGGGGUUCAUGGGCUGGACUUACAAAACAUUUUGGACCUCGUUGAUUAUGGUCGUGGAGUAUUCCCGGUGAGAUACCUUGGAAUCCCACUAGCACCGCUAAGAAUCUCCGUGGCACAAUAUGCCCCCCUUCUUGAUACGAUAAGCGAUUUUCUAAACGCAUGGAACACAAAGACGAUCUCCUAUGCCGGUAAACUAGAGCUAAUACGAUCUGUGAUCCAAGGGGUCCAGUCGUUUUGGCUCCAAGUUUUCCCGAUUCCCCAAACUAUUUUGGAUAGGAUAGUAUCGAUCUGUCGAAUAUUCUUAUGGGGUGGUAAAUUCUCGAAAGUAGCUUGGGAAGACAUUUGUCUCCCAAAAGAGGAAGGAGGACUUGGCAUUCAUAAUGCUAAGGUAUGGAAUCACGCCCUCCUCUCUCGUACUUUAUGGGAUGUCCAUAUGAAGAAGGACACCCUUUGGGUCAAAUGGGUGAACGGUGUAUACCUUCAAGGUAGAACCGUGUGGGAUUUUAUCCCACACACCCGGGACUCACAACUCAUGAAGCGGUUGAGUCUCAUCCGUGAUAAGAUCCGAGGGUGCUUCAAUAAUCUCAAUGACACUAUCAUGGGCCUUGCCUCGAGAGCCUCGAAUGGUAAAUUAGCCUCCGCAAAAGUUUAUGAUCUCCUAAGGGUCAAGGGAGAAGCUAGGACUCCUAUGAGUUUCAUAUGGAAAUCCUACAUUCCCCCCAAACUCUCAUUUAAUGCAUGGCUGGCCUUAAGAAACCGACUACCUACACAAGAUAGCCUCGGGUAUCUUUAUAUCGUAAACCGGUGUGAUCUAUGUCAGGGUGGUUUGGAAACAAUACCACACCUUUUCUUUCUUUGCCCCUUUACUUGUAGGGUGUGGCAUCACGUAAGGAGCUGGAUGGGACUAAGACAUGAGAUGUCUACCUUGCUGAGUUCAAUCAAAUGGAUCAAGAAGACCCAUAAAGGAUCAACGUUGAAGGCCAAAGCAGCCCGCAUUGCUUUCUGUGCAACAGUGUACUACAUUUGGCAUGCUAGGAAUGAGGGCAGAUUUGAUGGAAAGAUGAAGAAGGAGGAAGAGGUUGUUGCUAAGAUCAAACAUGUGAUGUAUAAGGUACUCUACAACAUAUACCCACAUGAGUUGAUCACAUUUUGAUAAGAACGAUGAAAGCCGUUUGUAUAGCCUCGGUUUUGAUAGGCUAUGUGCGUGCACUAAGGUGCAGUCCUGUUUUGCUUCUUUUUGAUUUCCUAUGCCGCGGCAUAGGUGAGCCUUAUGGCUAUCUUUGGUGAUGUCCGUUUUGAAGUGAAAGCUC